AGCUUCAAUGUCAUCUUAUUUUGUAAUGCUACCGAUUUAGCGGUAGUACAUGAUAACUAAAUAUAUAAACAAUGUCGAAUUUAACGUCUAGAUUAUCGAUUUUGGCGAGAUGUGCAAAUCAACACAUUCUUGCUUCCUUUAACAUGGUCAGAGCAACAGUUGCAUGUACAGAGUCUCGGAGACCCAUAUCAUGUUCCAGUGCUGUCAGACAGCAGGACUCGGCCGAGGAGGUUCCAGAUACUCCCAAGACCAGCUCCAGAGAGUUCAGUAUGUAUCCACCUAUGCCAGGGGAGGACAGUGCGUUGAGAUGGGGUGGGAUGAAAUUUGAAGAUUUACCAAUUUGUCACAUUAAAGCCACAUACAACAACACACACAUACACGUAACAGACUACAGUGGGGAGUAUAUGGCUAGAACCUCCUGUGGAGCUGAAGGGUUCAAGAAUUCGAAGAAGUCAACAGCGAUUGCUGCCCAGACAGCUGGGAUCUCCGCUGCUGCAAAGGCGCAGGCGAAGGGGGUGAUGACCGUGCGGGUGGUGGUCAAAGGCCUCGGCCCCGGGCGCUUGGCGGCCAUCAAGGGUUUGUCCAUGGGGGGUCUAGAGGUGGUGUCCAUCACGGACAACACCCCCGUGCCCCAUAACGGCUGCCGCCCCCGUAAGGCUCGCAGGAUAUGAGGCGCAACGUGAGCGCCCACGGACCCACUGAGCCCUGCUGCCCGUAGGAGUCGCCAUGCCAUGCCACGCCACACAACCCACCUGUGCCAUGCAUGCCCCUGCGGUAGUACCCGAGAGUGCAGCCAUGCCAUCCAUGUCAUUCAUCCAGCCAGCAGUGCUCAGAAGUCGAGUCCCACGUCAUUUCUCAGUUACGUUUACUGUUUUGGUUGUGUAUAAAUGUUCAUUAAUAAAGAAAAACGCAUAAA